UGCCUGGCGGCGGCGUGAACCGGAUCGCCGCGCCUCCCUCCUUCGCGGUUCCUGACGCAGCGCCGACCCCGAGAUGCCCCGGCGAAGGCACGGCGCCUGGGUAUGCCUGGUGCUCCUGUGCUGCGCCUCCCUCCUGCGCGCCGCCGUCGCCGCCUACUGCUACAGCAAUGCCCAGAAGGUGGCUGACUUGUUCUCCUCCAAGUCGCCGUACGCCAAACUGAGGGGCAACAUGACCAAGAAGGACCUGGUGCCCGAGUCGUGCCACCCCGUGCAGCUGUGGCACCUCGUCCGCCACGGCUCCAGGUACCCGAGCGAGAAGGACAUCAGGACCUUCAUGGACGUCCUUCCCGAACUCAAGGCGCGCAUCAACAGCUGUGCAGGCUGCGGUAAACUAUGUUCCUCCGACAAGAAACUGCUUCAUUUCUGGUUUUCGAACCUCAACGAGAGCCUCGCCCAGACCCUGGCCCCCGAGGGAGCCUACCAGCAGGAGGAAAUUUCCAGUAAAUUCCUGAACUUGUUUCCCGAAAUCCUGCCCGAUAACUUCGCCACGGAAGACUAUAAGUUCCGCUACACGGCGACGCAGCGCACGAAGGAGAGCGCGAUGGCCUACGCCCGGGGCGCCUUCGGCUCGCACGCCAAGGACAUCCACAUGCCAGAUCCCGUGGACCCGGAUCCGCUCCUGCAGUUCGACAACGUGUGCAGUAAGUACUUGGCUGAGGUUGAGCUGAGUGAGACGUCCAUGCGAGAGGAGAGGCUGUUCUGGUUCGGGAGUCAGAUGCAGGGCGUCAUCAGCCGCGUCGGCGAGCGUACGGGGGUCCUCUUCACGCCGGUCGAAGUCCAGAUUAUGUACGAUGCCUGCCGCUACUAUACCGCUUGGGAGCCCGAAACGCCAUCUGCCUGGUGUAGUGUAUUUACUAAGUCGGAUCUGAAGGUGCUUGAAUACUGGCAAGACCUCAAGUACUACUACAGGAGUGGCUACGGACACCGCAUAAACUACGAGCAGGCAUGCCGUCUAGUUCAGGACCUGGUGAGGACCUUCAGGACACGGGUGGAGGAGGGCAAGGGACCCCGCGGCGUGUUCUACUUCACCCACCUCGGCGCCUACCUCAAGCUGAUGGCGCGCCUGGGGAUGUUCUGGGACAACACGACGCUGACCCACGAGGAUAUCAAGGCCAGGCGACUCUGGAGGACGUCUAUCGUGGGCCCUUUCUCCGCCAACGUCGCCUUCCUCCUCUCCCGCUGCGCCGACGACACGUGGUACGUGGGCAUGGCCGUGAACGAGCGAAGGGCCAAGCUACCUGGAUGCCGCGGGGAUAUGGGCUGCACCUGGGAGGAGUUCCUGGAGCUCCUUGGCCAGUACGAGAACUGUGACUUCGAUGCUAUUUGCGAAAACGACCCACCAGUUGUCCCUGAGGAUCAGGGCAGCCUCGGUGGCAGCGCAGGCACGCCGAGCACCCUUCUCCUGGUGGCAGUCCUCCAGCCGCUCCUCCGGCUGCUCAACAGGGAGUCCUAAUUGCGCUUUUUCCUUCGCUCUUCGCCCACGAGGGUGUGGCAGGUGGCGGAAGGGCGAAGGAUACUGUAGAUAGUUUGUAUUUCUUUUUUAGAGUCGUAGAAAUGAUGUACGUGGUUUCUGUUUUUAUUUCCGUUGCUUUGUUUGUGUUGUGAUGAUCAAUGACAUUCAAGGGUCAGGUGUGAAAUUUAGUACUUUUAUAUAGAGAGAUUUUUAUGGUUAACAUUUGAUGUAUGGUAUGACGUCUUUUUGGUGGCGUUAGUAUAAACCUUC